AUGGCUUCUUCAGGGUCGGCAUGCCAGUCAUGUGCAUCCAAACAUGUAUCGUCUCCUGCCAUCAAAUAUUGCUCUGAUUGUCAGGAAAAUUUAUGUCAGCAAUGUUUCGGUGUACACAGCAAGUUUAAAGCAUUUGUGAACCACCAUUUGGCUGAAAUUAAUCCUGUUUUGGAAGAAAAGAAUCAUUUAAAGAAUAUGUGUAACAAACACUCUAAUAUGUACCUUGACUUUUUCUGUUCCGAUCAUGAUUGCCUCUGUUGUCGAUCAUGCAUGGAAAAAGAUCAUCGUGCAUGUGAGAGGCUCAUUCCAUUAGAAGUUGCUUCACAAGGAGUUAAACAUUCGCCGAUGUUUAAUGAUGUAAAUGAAGGAAUACGCAACAUUGAACAAACUUUGGAUAAGAUGAUAUCAAACAAUGACCUAAAUAUACAAAGACUUGAUGAAGAUGAAGAAGCUGUGACGAAGCAGGUUUCCAGUGUCAAAACAAAUAUCAUCAAACGACUAAACCAACUAGAAGAAAAACUGAAAUCCGAGAUUCGUUGCGCAAAACAAAACAAGAGGGUCAAAUUUGAAUCUAGUAAGGAUAAUUUAUUAAGGUUAAAGAGUUGUGUAGAAGAUGUGUCAAAUCAACUAAACCAAGUAUCCGAAAAUGGUUCAGAGAAGCAAAUAUUCGUUCUACUGAAUUACUGUAAAUGGGAACAAGUAGAAUACGAAGCUAAACUACACGAGAUCAUACCAACGCUAGAGGAAUCACAUAUAACGUUUCAGCCACCAGAUGAUAUUCUUAUAGCACUAAAGCCUUUGGGAUCCAUUGAAGUAAAGUCUUCAAAAUGUUCGAUCGAAUAUAAGCCACCAAAAGCUCAACAAGUCCAAAUACCAAUAAAUGUUUCUCAAAUAGCACGUCGGUUUACUGUAGAACGUAAAAUAGAAAUUCAGCGUCCAGGUGACGUGUGGAUAACCGGAAUAGCUAUGACAGAUGAUAAGCGUCUUCUAGUCUGCAAUCGUUAUAGUACCGAUCUGCUAGUCUACAGUUACAGCGCUGAUUACUUACAGGACUGUAAGUUGUCUGGUCAACCAUGGGAUAUAGCUGUUAUACCUGGUGAAAACAAAGCUGUCGUUACUCUACCUGAUCAGAAAGCAAUUCAGUUUAUGAACAUUAAAAAAAUGAAAGCCUCUUUUCCAUUUCCUGUGCCUGGAAGAUGUUUAGGUGUCGCUGUUAUAAAUGAUGAAAUUUGUGUUGGUGGAGACGGUGGAUAUAUAUAUAUACUUGAUAAAAGGGGAACACUAAAGACUGAAAUCAAAGUUCCAAGUACAACAAGCGUACUAUUCUAUUUGCAUCCGGGUCCCUUUGGGUGUAUUUGUUAUACAGAUAAUGCUCACAACGCGACGGGUUGUGUCACAUUGAAUGGCGAAGAACUCUUCAGAUUUAGUUCAAAAGAUUUGUGCAGACCUGAAGCUGUAAAGACCGAUAUGAAAGGAAACCUGUGUGUUUCCUGUAGAGGUUCAAAUAACAUUCAACGACUAACACCUGAUGGUAAAUUCCUAGAUGUUAUCAAUGUUAACGAACAUGAUUUCAAAUGUCCGUAUGGUAUGACUUUCAGUCAUGAUUUUCUUAAGCUAUUUGUAUCUUAUGAUAAUCGAAAAAUUGUUAUUUUCUUGUGUUCUUUAUAA